GAUGAUUGGUCGAUCGAGUUUGACAGGUAGUAGUUGGGAUUCCGACGUGGACGUAAGCAAGACCAGAUGUAAACAAAUUGUCGCUUUCUUUUUGAUAAAUAAAAUGUGUGAACACGUUAUUUUACACAGUGGAUAUCAUCACCCGGUUUUAAGAUCUUGGCAGUCGACGAACACGUCGAUAACUUCAGAAAAUCUCAUAUAUCCCAUUUUUGUCACUGACAAUGAUGACGCGGUUGAGGACAUCCCCAGCAUGCCAGGACAGGCGAGGUACGGCAUCAAUAAACUACGAGAGGCCCUAGCACCAGCAGUCAAAAACGGCCUUAAGACGGUCUUAAUAUUCGGAGUUCCAGGGAAAAUUUGUAAGGAUAACAAUGGUACAGGUGCUGACAUUCCAACUACGCCGACGCUGAUGGCCAUCAAGAUGCUACGCCAGUGGUUUCCCAACCUGCUUAUUGCAGCUGACGUUUGCUUGUGUCCCUACACGUGUCAUGGACAUUGCGGUGUACUGUUUGAAGAUGGCAGCAUCAACAAUGAGGCCAGUAUUGCCAGGCUGGCUGAGAUCAGUGUGAACUACGCCAAGGCUGGAUGCCACAUCAUCGCCCCGUCUGACAUGAUGGACGGUCGGAUAGGGGCCAUAAAGAAGGGUCUUGCAGAAAGCGGCUACGGCAGCAGAGUAUCAGUCAUGAGCUACAGUGCAAAGUUUGCCUCCAGCUUCUAUGGACCUUUCAGAGAUGCCGCAAAGUCUGCUCCAAGUUUUGGUGACAGGAAGUGCUACCAGCUGCCUCCGGGAUCUAUCGGCCUGGCAGAAAGGGCCGUGGACCGUGAUGUACAGGAGGGUGCCGACAUCCUGAUGGUGAAGCCAGGACUGGCAUACCUCGACGUUGUCAAGACAAUCAAGACCAAGUACCCCACCCACCCACUUGCCAUAUACCAGGUGUCCGGUGAGUUCGCCAUGUUGUACCACGGGGCCAAGGCAGGAGCCUUCAAUCUGCAGACGACACUUAUGGAGACCCUUCACAGCAUGCGCAGAGCAGGAGCUGACAUCAUCAUAUCUUACUUCACACCUCAGAUUCUUGAAUGGCAGAAGGAAGAAAGCAAACAGGCAUAGCCAGAAGCUCUUGCACACAUAUAUAUUAUGACAGUCCCCAGACAAAAUCUUAAUCACAUAUUUUAAGCCA